GUUAUUUUUUUCAUGUUGAUGAGUAAAUAUUGUUUUAGUCAUUCUGAUAAGAAUCUCAACUUUCUUUCGAGCAAUCAAGUGCAUAUAGUGAUUCUCGAGGACUUCUUGGAAUUAGGAAAGAAUUUGCAGAGUUCAUUGAAAAAUCUAUGCUUGAGUUGGACUUUUUAUUUCUUCUUCUAACUCUUGACAUUUUGUAUGGUCGAUAAGUCAUUUGCAAGGGAUGUUCAAUCAAACUAUCAGAUUAUUAGAAGCAGGUAUCGAGCUAGUAUAUGUAUUUGAUGGUCAACCUCCAGAGCUGAAGAAACAAGAACUUGCCAAAAGAUAUUUAAAGAGGAAAGAUGCAACUAACGAUCUGAACACAACAAUUGAGACUGGUGAUCUGGAGGGAAUUGAAAAGUACAACAAAAGAACUGUCAAGGUAACUAAGCAACAUAAUGAAGAUUGUAAACGUCUCUUAAGACUAAUGGGUGUGCCUACUAUUGAGGCACCCUGUGAAGCAGAAGCUCAAUGCGCAGCUCUUUGCAAAAGUGACAAGGUGUUUGUGGUUGCCUCAGAAAACAUGGAUACUUUAACUUUUGGGGUACCAAGGUUUCUCCGUCAUUUAAUGGAUCCUAGUUCCAAAAAAAUCUCUGUGAUGGAAUCUGACGUUUCAAAGGUUCUUGAAGAGCUAAGACUCACUAUGGAUCAGUUCAUUGAUUUGUGUAUUCUCUUUGGAUGUGAUUAUUGUUAUAGCAUUAAAGGUAAACUUUCUUAUGAGAUAUUGUACAUUCAACAAGUUUAGCAUACAAGGCUAGUACUCUAUUGCUUACUGUUUACGAAAUUUGAUAACUAAUGUUCAUUCAAAUCUCUAGUAU